AUGCCGCCUCCUGGAUUUCGGCACCAAUGUGGCAUGAAUGACGAACUCGACCACAUAUUCACAAUGCUCAAUCUGUUUUUAACCAACACUUUAUGGACAAGCUUCUAUGGGAGUGAUCUAGUGAAUAAACGCACUGAUGUUGUACUUUCAAAGAAUGAUGACGCCCCAAUAGCUGGAGGAAACAUCAAACUCAACUCUAAUGAGAGGGGAACCUCAGAACUUACCAUGAGCAGAAACAAGGAGAAUUCAGGGAAGAUUUCUGAAGAAAUCUACAGAAAGAAGCUAUGUCAAAAAGAAACUCAGGCACUGCUUGAGAGACUUCAUCUUAAAGAAAAACUUCAAGACAAGUUGUCACCAACAGAACUUCUUCAAAUACAACCAACUGUAAAACAGCACCAUGUGACAUCUGAAAAAGAUGUAGCUCACACUUUUCUUCAUAGGCUGAUGAUGUUGGACUACAGGGCCAGAUAUAUUCCUUUAAGACCAGACAGUGCUGAUGUGACAGCUGCAAAACCUCUUCAAAUAACUGACAAUACUGACAACGAUUUUAAGAAUUUGAUGGCUUUACUGAGCACCAGUGAUAAGAGGGAACAGACAGAACAAACUCACAUGCAUCCACUGGACAUUCAGAUGGCAGUAUUUCACUGCUCAGACAGUUUCCUUAAACAGAUGGUGAUUACAAAGCUUUCUCAAUGUCAGUAUGCCUUACCUUUGCUUCUUCCUGACCCAGUCACAAAGGAAAUUGAGUUUCCUCUGUGGACCUACAGAGAAAUAACAAAAACCUGGAAGAGUGUUCCAGUUUACAAAGCUGAAACACCCUUGGUGUCAUUUUUCCGUCUGGGUUCUUUGUCAGUGUCUAAAUCUCAGCUGAUGAACACUUUGAUCAACAACCGUCACGACACCUUCUUCCACAGAAACUGCCCAGGAAGCACCAAGUCUCGCUAUUUGAUGGAUGGUGUGGCAGAGAUUGCCUGGUACUGCCCUGCUGGAAAACCCAAUGAUACCUUCAGUGAUUGCAUUGCCUUUUGUAAUCUCCAUGGUGAUGCUCUGUUGACUGAAAAACAGCGUGACAUACUGAUUGAAAAAUCAUUUAUCAAUGUUUUUCUUGUGACAUCUCUGCAAAAAAAUACACAAAGUCAGCCACUUAUGUCAUCUCUCUUUGCAUCUCAGAAGCCUCUCAUUUGUCUCACUGUUGAGGACAGCUGUGAUAUUAAAACAAAAAAUGGAAAAUACAUAUUAGGCCUCAAAGACAGAAACCAGCCAGAUGUAUCUGAACACCUGAAAAGGAUCAUUAGAGAGGUUUUGUUUUCUCUUCAUGGUCCCAUCUUGAAACCAUCCUUCCAGCUUGAAACCAUGGCUGAGCUCUCUGGAAUCAGAGUGGAUGAAACUGACCCAGCCUGUCAAAGAGGGAAAUCUGCUGCUAUGGAAAUAAUCAAUCUGCUAAAAAAGAAAAACAUGGAUGUCUCAAAGAUCAAAGAUGAAUUUCUCCCUUGUCAAGGCCAACUGUGGCAUCAGUGGAGCAAAAUACACAAAGAACUGUUUCAUCUCAGAGGAAACAUUGAAAUGGAGAAAAGUGAAAAGCAACAAGAACUGAUGAAGAUACGUCAGGAACAAUGUGCUGCUUCCUGCAGUAACCUGAUGGAGUUGUUCACUGGAAGUCUCUCAUCAUUGCCACCAACAGACAGAGAGUAUUUCCUAAAAUGGACUCAGAUCUUCACAGAUGCCCUCUCCACAGAUGAUCUUUCUUCAAUUCUCAAAAGUUAUGAUGAAAAGUGGUCUGAGGUCUUGGCUUUGAAGAACAAACCGAACAAAUCAGAUCUGUUAUUAAAAACACAAUCUGACCUUGAAGACAUAUCAAAAAAACUUCAGUCUGCAACCUUUGGUUUGGAGCACAUCUUCAGAGAAAUGGGACAGAUCUAUGAAGCCCAUAAAACAACACAAAGACAGAGCAGACACACUGACUGGUCUAAAUACCCUGAGCUGGCUGCACAGCUGAUGAUAUCAGGACACCCGAUGGAGCUGAUGGAUGGUGAUGCAGGUCAUGUGCCUUUAACAUGGAUCUCCAGUCUUUUAGAAGAAGUCAUCGAGAAACUGGGGAACCAGAGAGUUUUUGUGUUGUCAGUUUUGGGCCUACAAAGCAGUGGAAAAUCAACAAUGCUGAACACCAUGUUUGGGCUGCAGUUUGCAGUGAGUGCUGGCAGGUGCACCAAAGGUGCCUUCAUGCAGCUGCUCAAAGUAUCAGAGGAGAUGAAGAAAGACUUGAAGUUUGACUAUGUUCUAGUGGUGGACACUGAAGGACUGCGUGCUCUUGAGUUAGAAGGUAACAACACUCUUCAUCAUGACAAUGAACUGGCAACAUUUGUUGUUGGUCUGGGAAACCUGACACUGAUCAACAUCUUUGGAGAGAAUCCGUCUGAUAUGCAGGACAUUCUGCAGAUUGUUGUUCAGGCUUUCAUGAGGAUGAAGGAAGUUAAACUUUCUCCCAGUUGUGUGUUUGUUCACCAGAAUGUCACAGAUGUUGCAGCAGCAGAGAAAAACAUGGAUGGAAAGAGACGCCUGCAGGAAAAACUGGACCAGAUGGCCAAACUAGCAGCCAAAGAGGAAGUUUGUAAUGCAGAGUGCUUCGGUGAUGUCAUUGAAUUUGAUGUUCAGAAAGAUGUGAAAUACUGUGCCCAGCUGUGGGAGGGCAGUCCACCCAUGGCUCCUCCAAAUCCAGGUUACAGUGAGAGCAUCCAGGAAGUGAAGAACACCAUCCUCUCUAAAGCUUCAAAGUCUGCUGGGAUCACUCUCUCACAGUUCAAAACAAACAUCCAGGACCUGUGGUCGGCACUUCUGACUGAAAGUUUUGUUUUCAAUUUUAAAAACACACUUGAAAUUGCAGUGUACAGAAAACUGGAAGUCCAGUAUGGGAAGUGGACCUGGACUUUGAGGAGCAUCAUGUUGACCAUUGAAAACCAACUUCAUAACAGAAUUGAAAAUGGAAAACUUGAUGAGGUUGAGUUGAGUUUUCUUAUUGGAGGAUCAAGAAAAACUUAUGGAGAGAUCACAGAAGCAAUGACAAAAUACUUUGAGGAUGACAAGGAGAAAGAAAUCUUGGCUCAGUGGAGAGGACGAUUUGAAAUCAAAAUGAAAGAAUUUCAUGAUGACCAAGUGAACAGAGUGAAAAGAAAACUUGAUGGAGUCAUCCAACAGAGGAAAGGUCGUAAAAUGAUGGAUGAUAAGAAAUCAGAGUUUGAGAACCAACUGCUACAAAAAAGCAAAGAGCUCGCUCAGAUACUGAAGUAUAAGGCCAAAGAUGAAAAGGAGCUUCAAAGCCAGUUUAGCUCUGUUUGGAGCGGCUGGGUUACUGAAUUAACAGGAGAUAUAAAACCUGUUGAAGACAUUGACUUGGAACAAGAUCAGUUAAUAAUUCUUCGAGAACUUGGUUUUGAAAUGGCUCUCAUAGAUGAAUGUAAAAGAGGUGGCAGAUAUAGAAAAAUAUCAACGCUUGGUGACUAUUCAGAUUAUAUGAAGACAGAAAAUAAUCAGCUCGUUGAUGCUUACAAUAAAUGCAGAUCAAGUGGUGCUUUCUCCUGUGAAGAAAAACAACAGAUCAGUUUGCUUAUUGACAAAGCUGAGAAAGAGUCAAUUGACAAAAUCAACAACAAUCAGGUUGUUACAACAGGCUACUCAACAUUUUAUUUGCGUGAAGGGGCCAAUCAUGUAUCAGAAGAAGUGCAGAAAUUUCUGUCAGAGAGGAAAUACACUUUCAAGAAGAAGUUUAUAGUUGAUCUCUUGCUCUACGUGUUCUACAGGGCAGAGAGUGCACUUAAAGAUUCCCACGAGAAAUUUAAAGAGAACAAUAAUGCAGAAGAAUAUUUACAAAGCAAGAAAACAGAGUAUUACACAGUUUUUAGAAGCUUUUGUAAAGGAAACUCAUCUGCUGUUGUGCUUGGAGAACUGAUCUGUAAAAAGCUGAAAACUUCCACUGUUGAGGCUGUCUGUAACAAGACUGCCAAAGAUAUCGCUGGAAAGAUGAUGUGUAAUUUCCCAGCAUUCAAUGGGAACAGAUCGAACUUGGAGAAACAUAUUUUGAAGUCACUCGCUGACAAAGAAGACUUUGAUGAUUUCAUCACCUACAUCAGAUACCCAAAGAGACAAACAGAAGCUUUCAUUAAAGCAGAAGUACAAAAAUACAUCAGUGGUCACAAUGAUGAAGCUGUGACUAUAAUCAAGAAAAAUGUUGAUGACAUCAAAUCAGUUGUGACUCAGGCUUUAUUUAAUGUCACACAACAUGUGAAAAGCCAGGGAGGAAACACAGACGUGUGGCUGACGGAAUUUUGUAAUGAGCUAAAGGAUGAGCUGAAAUUUGUUAUUUCUUCUGAAAAUUUCAGUGACAUAAAUGAUUUUGAAUUUCUGAAGGAAGAGAUAAAAAAAGGAUUUGCAUCCAUCACUGAGGAGAUGAGCAGCCUCUCUUGGGAUGACCUGACGGAAUUCAGACAGAAGCCUGAUGAAAUCCUCAUUGAUCAGCUUUGUAACUGCUGCUGGGUAAAGUGUCCAUUCUGUGCAGCUGUUUGUUCCAACACUGUGGAAAAUCACAGUCCCGAUGACCACAGUGCUCGUUUCCAUCAACCUGGUGCAGUUCGUGGGGUGUGCUGGAAUAAGACAGAUGAAAUGUUCAUUAAUUUUUGCACAACAAGUGUUGGAAGUGAUCUUCAUUUUUACCCUGAUAGUUCAGAUAGAACCGUUCCCUAUAAAAACUAUAGAGAUGGUGGCCAAGAUUGUAAAACCUGGGAAAUCACCCCUGAUGAGUCAAAACUGUCAUACUGGAAAUGGUUUAUUUGUCAAUUUCAAGAGGAACUGGAAAGUCAUUAUAAAGGAAAAUUCAGGGGCAAAGGAAAGAUUCCAGAUGACUGGAAAACCAUUCAAAAAGACGACGCCAUUAAAAGUCUGGAUGAAAACAAACUGAAGCCUGAGGUGCUGUGUUUGCCUGAUAAAUGA